AUGGGAAUUUUCGCCUACAAUGUCAAUGUGGUAUCCCCAAAUUUUGUUCUUCCCCAAAAACCACUUUUUAUCUCAGAAUUUCCUCUUCCACAGGUUCUCAUUAAUCCCUCACGCAGGCGCAGCAUCACACUUGAAGUAGCUUUCAGCAUGACAGAAAACCCAGCAGCUGUGCAGAAGAAAAUUACAGUGCUGAACCAACACAAUGAGAAACUAGUUGGAGUGUUGCAUGAUACUGGAUCUAUGGAGAUCGUGGUCUUGUGUCAUGGAUUCAGAUCGUCAAAGGACUUCAACACUAUGGUGAACCUUGCUGGUGCCCUGGAGAAAGAAGGAAUCAGUGUAUUUCGCUUUGACUUCCCUGGAAAUGGUGAAAGCGAAGGUUCAUUUCAGUAUGGUAACUACCGUAGUGAGGCGGAUGACUUGCAUUCUGUGGUUGAAUAUUUCAAUGGAGCAAACCUCAAAGUAACAGCAGUCCUUGGACAUAGUAAAGGAGGGAAUGUUGUGCUUCUAUAUGCUUCUAAGUAUCAUGAUGUUCACACAGUAAUCAAUUUGUCUGGCCGUUAUAAUCUAGAGAAAGGCAUUGCAGAGCGCUUGGGCAAGGACUUUCUGAAAAUAAUCAAGAAGGAUAGCUUCAUUGAUGUUAAAAAUAGAGCAGGAAAUGUUGAAUACCGUGUUACUGAGGAAAGUUUAAUGGAUCGACUUAAUACAAACAUGCAUGAUGCAUGCCUUCAAAUUGACAAAGGAUGCAGGGUAUUGACAGUUCAUGGGUCUGCGGAUGAAAUUAUUCCAGUGGAGGAUGCUUUAGAGUUCGAUAAAAUCAUACCAAACCACAAAUUGCAUAUCAUCGAAGGAGCCAAUCAUUGCUAUACAUCACACCAAGCUGAGUUAACUCCUGUGAUCUUGCCAUUCAUAAAGGAAGGUCUGCAACACUCAGCAGCAGAACUAGGACACUAGAUAGGUACUUUGGAAUGCUACUAUUGUUGAAAUUCUGGGUUUAGGUAACUAUGGGAACAGUCUGUUACAAUCUACCUUGUGCAAAUGAAACUACUGGCAGGGUUUUAGAACUAGUCUGUGUAAUUCAAAAUUUGCUUCGCCUCAUACUGGUCAUCACUACAAAGGGAUUCUUCAUACUAGAUGUUGAACUUCAGCAGAUUCGGUAUGAAAUGAACAUUUGUUGCACUUCAACGACAUUUGGAUUUGUAUCUUGAGCUUGUAAAAUAAAGGAUUGUUCAACUGCAGGCCCCCACAUUUUACCUUUUCUUUGUUGACUGUUUCUCAUUUCAAAUUUAUUACAAUAAUACUUGUUUCACUUUUUAUGACAGUAUUUGAACCAA